AUGAAACUCAUGCUGCUACACCCAGCCUUCCCUGACUGCUUCCUGCUGAUCCUGCUCAGCUUAUGGAGUGCUGCUGUUCCUGAAGCUCAUGCUAUGUCCACGGGGACACCAGCCAUCAGCGCAGCCUCUUUCCUACAGGACCUCCUGCAUCGAUAUGGGGAGGGGAACAGCCUUACCCUGCAGGAGCUGAAGGCCCUGCUCAACCACCUGGAUGUGGGAGUGGGCCGGGACAAUGUCACCCAGCCUUUGCAGGGACAGAGGAACCUCUCGACGUGUUUUAGUUCUGGAGACCUCUUUGCUGCCCACAACUUCAGCAACCAGUCACGGAUUGGAAGGAGAGAGUUCCAGGAGUUCUGCCCUACCAUCCUCCAGCAGCUGGAUUCCCGAGCCUGCUCCUCUGAGAACCAGGAGAAUGAGGAGGAUGAGCAGACAGAAGAGGGGAAGCCAAGCGCAAUUGAAGUGUGGGGCUUUGGCUUCCUCAGUGUUUCACUGAUUAACCUGGCCUCUCUGCUGGGAGUCCUCGUCCUGCCGUGCACGGAGAAAGCAUUUUUCAGCCGUGUGCUCACUUACUUCAUCGCCCUGUCCAUUGGAACGCUGCUCUCUAACGCGCUCUUCCAGCUCAUCCCAGAGGCUUUUGGUUUCAACCCUCUGGAAGAUUAUUAUGUCUCCAAGUCUGCAGUGGUGUUUGGGGGCUUUUAUCUUUUCUUUUUCACAGAGAAGAUCUUGAAGAUGCUUCUUAAACAGAAAAAUGAGCAUCAUCAUGGACAUAGCCAUUAUGCCUCUGAGACGCUUCCUUCCAAGAAGGACCAGGAGGAGGGGGUGACCGAGAAGCUGCAGAACGGGGAUCUGGACCAUAUGAUUCCUCAGCACUGCAGCAGUGAGCUGGAUGGGAAGGCCCCCAUGAUGGACGAGAAGGUCAUCGUGGGCUCACUCUCUGUCCAGGACCUGCAGGCUUCCCAGAGUGCCUGUUACUGGCUGAAAGGUGUCCGCUACUCUGAUAUUGGCACUCUGGCCUGGAUGAUCACCCUGAGUGACGGCCUCCACAAUUUCAUCGAUGGCCUGGCUAUUGGUGCCUCCUUCACCGUGUCUGUUUUCCAAGGCAUCAGUACCUCGGUAGCCAUCCUGUGCGAGGAGUUCCCACAUGAGCUAGGAGACUUUGUCAUCCUGCUGAAUGCUGGGAUGAGUAUCCAGCAGGCUCUCUUCUUCAACUUCCUUUCUGCCUGCUGCUGUUACGUGGGUCUGGCCUUUGGCAUCCUGGCUGGCAGCCACUUCUCUGCCAACUGGAUCUUUGCACUGGCUGGAGGAAUGUUUUUGUAUAUUGCUCUGGCUGAUAUGUUCCCUGAGAUGAAUGAGGUCUGCCAGGAGGAUGAAAGAAAUGGCAGCAUCUUGAUCCCCUUUGUCAUCCAGAACCUGGGCCUCCUGACUGGUUUCACCAUCAUGCUGGUCCUCACUAUGUAUUCAGGGCAGAUCCAGAUUGGGUAG